CAGAUCAAGACGGCGGAGGGCGAGGCCUACGCUCGAACCCGCAAGACGCGCGAUCCCCCGUCCAGUUUCGUCUUGCGGGGCGGCGCCCACACGGUGUGCCAGACGGCCAUGGACUCGGAGGGUGCGGAGCUCGAGCCUCUUGUCGAUGGCCGCGCGGCCGCGCCGAGCACCGACGCGGACCGAACGUUCCCGGUGAAGAACUUCGAGGCGGGCGGCUUUUUCGAGGCAGCCCGCAGGCUCCUGGGCGACGGAAAGACCGCUGACCGAGCUGAGCGCAAGGAUGGUGGCCAGGAGGCCCGCCUCCGACAGGCUCUGGACGGGGGCGCGGCCAUUCCCGUCUCUGGCGCGGGCGCCUGGAUUCCCUCCGCGAAUGUCGAUGGGCACGGCGAGCGGUUCAAGGCUUGGCGCGACGCGUGCGCAGAGGUACCCCGCAAACGCCGCGCCGACCGGGAGCGCGUCCGCGAGGGGCUCCCGACCGCCCUGACGCUCUUCAAGAACUCAUGCCGUCAGCGAG